AUGGAAUUGACAUGGCACGUUAACUCCAGGGGAAUGUUUGCCGGUACUUGUAUUGGUGUCUUUUUCUGGGUUUUGGCAUACUUAUGGUUCCAUAGAAUGAUUGUUGAGUACGAUCGAGCCAUAGUUGAGUAUAAAUUGGCUCAAUAUGCUCAAACCCAUUCUGACGCUUGUUGCUGCUGUGAAAAUGGUGCUGGAGAGUCUACAGAUAUUACUGAAAAGGCUGCUUCUUCUUCUGAUUCUAGCGAUGCAAUAUACAGUGUUACCGACUCCAAAGUGUCACAAUUUUUUAGGCCUAUCGCACGAGUGCUCAAGCACAGAUGGUUGGUUAAUCAUUCACAUUCAGAUAAAGACGGAAGUAUUUUGGUCUAUCCUUCUCCGUUGGAGCAUUUGUUCAAAUCGGUCCUUUACAUGAUGGAAUGGGCUUGCUCUUUCUUGAUUAUGUUGAUGUGGAUGUACUACAAUGGUUACGUGGUUAUCACUUGUAUAUUAGGGUACUUUUUUGGCCAAUUACUCUUCAGUUAUGCUCCAUUAACUGUUAUUGGUAACAAGAAAUACUUACCCCCUAAAGAAGAGAAAACUCACUGCUGA